GCUUGAAUGGCAUAUAGAUCGUCAUAAAGGACCGUAAAGCCUCGGGCGGAGCGAACAUAAAUGAACAAUGUCCACGGACCGCUCUCUGGACGGCGCUGCUGCUCCGUGUCCAAUGUCCAUCACUUUCGAUCAGUUCAUUAUUUUCGGGGAUUCCAUCACUCAGGGAGCCUCGUCUCAGGAGAAAGGCUUUACGUUUCAGCCGGCUCUUCAAGAUGUGUAUAUAAGGCGCCUCGAUGUCAUCAACCGUGGAUUUAGCGGAUACACAUCCCCGCAGGGCUUGACUGCCUUAGGCCAGUUUUUCCCGCCAGUUGAGAAAGACAAAGUCCGGCUUAUGACUAUCUUCUUCGGCGCAAACGACGCAGUUUUGCCCCCCUAUGACCAACAUGUUCCACUGGAAAAGUACCAGCAAAGCUUGAGGAGUAUUAUCACUCAUAAAGCGGUGAAUGCGCAGAAAACCAAGCUCCUUUUGCUUACGCCGCCACCAGUAAACGAAUAUCAACUUGAAUCCUACGGUCGUGAAAGUGGUUAUUCAACCCUCACGAGAAAGGCGCAAGUCACAAAACUAUACGCGGAUGCCUGUCGUGAAGUAGGAAAAUCGUUGGAUACCCCCGUGGUAGAUAUCUGGUCUGCCUUUAUGAAAGAGGCUGGUUGGACCGAAGGCGAACCAUUGGCCGGGUCGAAGGAUGCGCCGCCCAACAAGAAACUUGCCGAGUUGUUGUGUGAUGGGCUUCAUUUCACCUCGGAAGGCUACAAAGUCAUGUAUGCUGAAACCAUGAAAGUAAUACGGGAAGAGUAUCCAGAAGAAGCGCCAGAGAAGCUACCGAUCCUCUUCCCACCGCGGCUCGAAGCCCCCGGGAGUUGAUAGUUAGCGAACGGCUUUUACCUGAACUUUCUCCCAUGACCUCUUAGUGGCAUACUAUUGCAUGAAUUAACGACCCCGUAGUUAUGACGCUACUUGAUAUAAAGGGCUUGUAAUAGUUAUAUAGCUCAACGAGCCGCUCCGGGGGUUAAUUGUAGAUGCCGCGUAAUAAUAGCUAGGCAAUCUGUCACGCCUUUCAUGUCGCGUAGCAGCGAAGAUAAACG